UAGUUGCAGCAUUGACAGCAACUUAGGUCAACUUGACUUAACGUAGCGAUUUUGAGUGGCUUUUAUUUUGAAAAGCAGUCUCAAGUGUUACUACCGUAAUGCUUGGUGUUCCAUGACCCAUAAAAACCAAGAGGCGGCUGGUUUGGCGCAGUUCCUGUGACGUGGAGGAGCUGCGCGUCACGCUCCUCCAGGCCGACGCGCUGAAGAUGAGCAGAGGUUCGGAGGCUCCUGCAGACUGGACCUGCUCUGCUUCCUGUUGGUCCUUGAAGAGUGACCGGUCCAUAAGAAACCCGCCAGACUUCAGGGAACCUGGACCAGAACCAGAACCAGAACCUGGACCUUCAGACACGGAAACCGACCAGAGGAGAGAUGACGCUGUGGAGGAGCAGCGGUUCUGCUGUGCUUUGUGUGAGAACGUCCCGAAGGAUGGGGUCUCCACCCGCUGUGGACGGAGCUGGGACCAGUCUGCUCCAUGUGGACCCUCCUCCUGCCCACGGUGUGGAGGAACGUCCAGAACAAUACUUGGUGUUGGUCUGCAAGAUGUUCUAGAGGAACAUAAGAUCAGUCUGAGGAGGAGAUGUGAACAUGUGACUGAAGGAAGUGAUGAACCAGGAAGUAGAACCCUCCUCAACAGGAUCUACACUGAUCUCUACAUCACAGAGGGGCAGAGUGAAGAGGUUAAUACCCAACAUGAGGUGAAGCAGCUGGAGAGAGCUUCCAGGAUCCAGAACCUCCAUGACUGUCCAAUCAGGUGCAACGACAUCUUUAAAGCCUUACCUGACCAACAUGGAGCCAUCAGAGUGGUUCUGACCAACGGCGUCGCUGGUGUUGGAAAAACCUUCUCAGUGCAGAAGUUCACUCUGGACUGGGCCGAGGGCUUGGAGAACCAAGAUGUCCAUGUGGUGGUUCUGCUGUCGUUCAGGGAGCUGAACCUGAUCAGAGGUGAGCAGCACAGUCUUCUCACGCUGCUCCAUGUUUUCCAUCCAACCCUCCAGAAGCUCCCAGCAGAGCAGCUGGGUCGCCAGAAACUUCUCUUCAUCUUUGACGGCCUGGAUGAAAGUAGACUUUCUCUGGACUUCAACCACAGUCGGCUUGUUUCUGACGUCACACAGAAGUCAUCAGUCGACGUUCUGCUGACAAACCUCAUCAAGGGGAACCUGCUUCCCUCGGCUCUGGUCUGGAUCACCUCCAGACCUGCAGCGGCCAAUCAGAUCCCUCCUUCAUGUGUUGACAGGGUAACAGAGGUACGAGGCUUCACCGACGCCCAGAAGGAGGAGUACUUCAGGAGGAGGUUCAGUGAUGAAGAGCUGUCCAGCAGAAUCAUCUCCCACAUCAAGACCUCCAGGAGCCUCCACAUCAUGUGUGGAAUCCCAGUCUUCUGCUGGAUCACUGCUACGGUUCUGGAGAACAUGUUGACCACAGAGCAGGCAGGAGAGCUGCCCACGACCAUGACUGACAUGUACUCUCACUUCCUGCUGGUCCAGACCAGGAGGAAGAAGAACAAGUACCAUGGAGGACAUGGGAGGAGUCCACAGGAGCUGAUGGAGGCUGACAGGGAAGUUCUCCUGAAGCUGGGGAGGCUGGCGUUUGAACAUCUGGAGAAAGGAAACAUCAUGUUCUACCAAGAAGACCUGCAGCAGUGUGGUCUGGAUGUCACAGAGGCCUCGGUGUACUCAGGAGUUUGUACAGAGAUCUUCAAGAGAGAGAGCCUGAUCUUCCAGAAAGCAAUCUACUGCUUUGUUCAUCUGAGCAUUCAGGAGUUUCUGGCUGCAGUCUACAUGUUCCACUGCUUCACCAGCAGCAACACAGAGGUGAUGGAGAGAUUCCUCCCUGUUGAGGAGGAAGAUGAGUACAGUGAUGAAGAUGACAGUGGCUCUGAUCUCUGGGAGAGCCAUUUCGCCUCACUACCUGAAUUUUUGCACAAAGUCAUGAAGAUGUCCUGGAGUAGUAGAACCGGCCACCUGGACCUGUUUGUCCGCUUCCUUCAUGGCCUCUCUGUGGAGUCCAACCAGAGACUCUUAGGAGGCCUGCUGGGUCAGACGGAGAACAGUCCAGGAACCAUCCAGAGAGUCAUCAACAACCUGAAGGUGAUGGAGGCUAAGUUCAUCUCUCCUGACAGAAGCAUCAACAUCUUCCACUGUCUGAUGGAGAUGAAGGACCUCUCAGUUUAUCAGGAGAUCCAGCAGUUCCUGAAAUCAGAGAACAGAUCAGAGAAGGAGCUCUCAGAGAUCCAGUGCUCAGCUCUGGCUUACAUGCUGCAGAUGUCAGAGGAGGUUCUGGAUGAGUUGGACCUGGAGAAGUUCAACACAUCAUGGAUGGGUCGACUCAGGUUGAUCCCGGCCGUGAGGAACUGCAGGAAGGCUCGACUUGCUGAAUGCUGGCUCUCAGAGAUCCACUAUGAGGUGGUGGUUGCAGCGCUGAGCUGCCACUCUUCCCACCUGACAGGUCUGGAUCUGACAGGCAGCAAGCUGCAGGACUCUGGGCUGCAGACUCUCAGCAAGGGGCUGGAGAGUCCAUGCUGCAGACUGGAAACGCUCUGCCUGGUGAACUGCGGACUCUCAGAGGUCGGCUGUGAAGCUUUGGGCUCAGCUUUGAAGGUGAAUGCCUCUCUGACGGAGCUGGACCUGAGCCGGAACCACCUGCAGGACUCUGGAGUGGCCCGGCUGUCUGCUGAGCUGCAGAGUUCCUUGUCUAAACUGCAGACUCUCAGACUGAGGAACUGCAGCUUGUUAGAGAUCAGCGGUGAGUCUGUGGGUCCGGCUCUGCUGUCCUCCCAUCUGAAGCAUCUGGACCUGAGUCAGAACACUCUGGAGGACUCGGGGGUGCAGCGGCUCUGCGUCUCCCUGGAGGAUCCUCGCUGCAGGCUGGAGAGGCUGAGCCUGUACAAGUGUGAGCUGACGGAGGGCUGCUGUUCACCGCUAUCCUCAGCUCUGAAGACCAGAACCUCCAGCCUCAGGCAUCUGGACCUGAGCUACAACCCUCUGAAGGACUCAGGAGUCCAGCUGCUGGUCCCUGGACUGCAGAGUCAGACCUGCAGGCUGGAAACUCUGAGGUUGAGCUGUUGUCUCCUCACGGACCCCAGCUGUGCUGCUCUGGCAUCGGCUCUGAUGUCCUCGUCUUCCAGGCUGCUGGAUCUGGACCUGAGUCACAACAACCUGAAGGAUGCUGGAGUCAAGCUGCUGGCUGCAGGUUUAGCAGGUCCAAACUCUGCUCUGCGGUUCCUCAGGCUGCAGGACUGUCAGACCACAGAGGACGGCCGUGCCGCCUUCCCUCCGUCUGGACCUCCAUGUCGUCCCCUCCAAGUCCUCUGGGCCUGAGUCCCCCGAGCUGCAGGGACCAGAACCGUCACAGAGGACACGGGUCUUUUCCAGGACUUAGAUGUGUGGAUUUUUCUGUUUUCUGGUUGAAUCUUUGCCGUUUUUCUGUGAUGUUCUUCUCUAGCUGUGGUUCCCUGAUCACUGGAGUCUUUUAGACAUGAAACUUCAUGAAGUGGUCCUCAUGCUGUACGUCUGUCUCCUGGGCUAACCUCUACGCACCACCUACCAACCAUCCAUGAAGGAGGUCCACCUCUGAGGAACGGGACGCUCAGUCUGCCUUACACCAGGGACCACCGUUACUAAUUCAUUAUGUUCAUUACAAUGAUCUGUUACCUUUUAAAUACUUUUACCGCCUUAUUAGCAGAACCCAAAUGUGUAAUUAGGAAAAAGACGUCAGGCGCUGGAAAGGCUUUCAUCUGUUACAUAAAGCUGAUAAAGAAACAUGAGAACAUUUUUGUUCAAAAUAGAGACAGAUUACAGUAAAAUGCAUGAACCUCAUGUCCUUCCAGCCAGAAAUGUGUCUGUUUCAGUGAAGAUGGCGAGUGAGCCACAGGAGCUCCUGGGAGGGUUAUGAGCUUUAGUUUUCACGGGACUGUUGAUUUGCUGCCUGGUUUUCACCUGUUGUUCCUUUUACUACCUGUCCAUUGGUGUAGAGGGGGCGGAGCUAGACGGUUCUGGACCAUGAGUUCUGUUCAGUGACACCGCGCUGUUGUCCAGGUCAUGAAGUGGCCUUCAAACAGCUCUUUGCUCAGAGACUGAAAGCAGGACCUGCUGAAACAUCUGAGCAGGAUGUUCCUGUCAGUAAUCUGCUCCUGAUCGAGGAUCGUUGAGGUCUAAACUGAGACCUAACUGGCCUCUAGAGGUAGUAAAUGAACAAAGGUUGGGGAUUUCUUCACUUUAUUCCUUUUUUAAUGUUUUUAAUGUUUUUUACUUGGAAGCCAUUCACGGCCCAGAUUACAAUCACCAGCGGGCCAGAAGUGGCCCACGGGCCACCAGUUGACUAGCCCUGGUUUGGUCGUCUGCCAGAUUAUUGACCUCAGAGCCUUCACGGAUCACAGAACCGGGUCACGGAUCACAGAACCGGACCCGGACUUUGACCACAGCAAGUUUAUUACAAAGCUGCAGUUCUUAAACAUCUUAAAUAGAACAAAGUGUUUUGGGUCCAAACAGGACUCUGAAAUUCUGGAGCGAGGCUUUGUUCUCACUGGGUCAGAACCCGGAACCAUGCCAGGCUGCUGCAGCGUUUUGGACCCGCCGACCAGAAUUCUGCUACUGGCGGUCUUUGUAGCGGGUCCGGUAGAACCUGUUUAUCAGAGACCUGCUGGUUCUGUUUAUCAGAACCCAACAGGGCGAGGCAGCAUCUAGAUGGUCAGAAUCUGUUCAAUCAGAACUGACAACAUUGGUGUUUACAGCAGCUUAAAGGUGCAAAGGGAGUUUAUGUUUUUAUGAUUUCUGUUUAUUUUCAUGUUUUAAAUGUAUGUUUUUCUAUGAAUCUCAGAGUUUAUGUUGUUGUUCCUGUUUUUAUGGUAGAUUUUGUCUUCCUGAACAAACGUUACAGAUUAUCCUAAACUAGACAGGGUGAGGAGGAAAUGCCAUUUGUUUAUGUUUGAUGCCUUAUUUCAGCUCAAGAGGAAGACAGGAGUGGUUCUGGGACUCUUUAAAUAAAACCGUCAACUUCCAAAAAA